AUCUAUAAGUGUAUAUGAUUAAUCUACCAAUUAGUGAAUUUCUAUACCCUAUUGAAGUUUUGUGUAAGAAGGCCUAGCGUUAGGCGUUGGUUAGGUAAUUGAUGUUACUUGUGUAAUAAAAUCGUUGUUAGUUCUUGACAUACAAAUAUGCCAGGAUUUGAAACAUGUGGACCGAACGAGGCUUUGGUUGUCUCAGGUUGCUGCCAUGGAAGUCCAUUAAUUGUACCUGGUGGCAGGGUGUUUGUUUGGCCUGUGAUUCAGCAAGUUCAAAGGAUCUCAUUGAACACCAUCACUUUGACCAUUGAAAGCCCUAAAGUUUAUACCCAACAAGGUGUUCCAAUCUCUGUUACUGGGAUUGCCCAGGUUAAAGUGCAAGGACAAAGUAUGGAAAUGCUGAGAGCAGCAUGUCAGCAGUUUUUGGGGAAAAGUGAAUCAGAAAUCAAUCAUAUUGCCUUGGAGACAUUAGAGGGUCAUCAGAGAGCUAUUAUGGGUCAAAUGAGUGUUGAGGAAAUAUAUAAAGAUCGAAAGAAGUUUUCCAAGCAAGUUUUUGAGGUUGCAUCAUCAGAUCUGAUUAAUAUGGGUAUUACUGUUGUAUCAUACACCAUCAAGGAUAUUGGUGAUGAUCAGGGAUACCUUAAGGCAUUGGGAAUGGCACGCACAGCUGAAGUGAAACGAGAUGCUCGUAUUGGUGAGGCAGAAGCCAGAAAAGAUUCACAAAUCAAAGAAGCUAUAGCCGAAGAAGAACGAAUGGCUGCCCGUUACCAAAAUGAUACUGAAAUAGCUAAAGCUCAGCGAGAUUUUGAAUUGAAGAAAGCAGCAUAUGAUAUGGAAGUAAACACAAAGAAAGCAGAGUCAGACAUGGCCUACAGCCUGCAGGCAGCUAAGACUCGUCAGCUCAUCAAGGAAGAACAGAUGCAGGUGAUGGUGGUGGAGCGAACCCAGCAGAUCCAAGUACAGGAGCAAGAAAUCCUCCGUAAGGAGAAAGAGCUUGAUGCUGUAGUGCGGCGUCCCGCUGAGGCUGAAAAGUACCGAUUGGAGAAACUAGCUGAGGCUAACAAAAACCGUGUUAUAAUGGAGGCAGAAGCAGAAUCUGAAGCAGUUCGAUUAAAAGGAGAAGCUGAGGCUUUCUCCAUUGAAGCCAAGGCCAAAGCUGAAGCUGAACAGAUGGCCAAAAAAGCAGAUGCUUUUAAAGAAUACAACAAAGCUGCUAUGAUCGAUAUGAUGUUGGAAACAUUGCCGAAGGUAGCUGCUGAGGUUGCAGCCCCACUGUCUCAAUGUAAACGGGUUGUCAUGGUAUCUGGGGGUAAAGGAGAUGUUGGUGCCAGCAAACUGACUGGGGAGGUGUUGGAUAUAAUUAACAGAGUUCCUGAAGCUGUGACCAGACUCACCGGUGUCAACAUUGCUGAUUCCCUGAGGAUGGCACAAGCCACAAUAUAAAAUGAACAGAAAGACACGAGAUCAUCUGGAAAAUAAAGCUAGUGACAUUUGAUGGCUAUUUUCGUCUUGGCAUCACUUUUGAUUUGAAAUAUGGGUAGUUUUAUGUAUUUCUCUUCUGAAAAACAUGUUGUCCAAUAAGAGUUUCAUAUUCUUGUUUGUAUCAAGUGUAUUAAGCAGUGUGUUUGUGCAGAGGUGUUUCAUACGUUAAAUUUUAUUUUCUACAUCACUUAAAAACAAAACUUUUUUUUAAAUCGCAAAACCUGUUGUGCUUCUGUAAGCAUAUUCAAAUGCUUUAAGAAACAAAAGCUUUGUAAAUUACAGAGUAAUAACUUGGUAGAUAGACUUAUUUACUUCUUAUAAAAACACGAACUUUUGUCACCUUUCACUUAAAAUGCUAGAGAAAGGGUGGAAUAAAUAACUUUAUCUACUUCCAUAAAUGUGUUAUUGUUUCAGUAUUCACUGCUAAAGAUCAUUUAUUUUGUUUAUGUAAAAGUUCAGUUAAAUUAAAUAAUUGUUUCUUUAUGGUUAAAGAUGCUUAUAUGACCUUUGCCUUAAUAGUAGUUCAUAAAACUGAAAAUUUACUAUAAUAAAUUUUUCUUAUCUUUCUAGUUUGAUUGUAUGUGGUAUUUCA